GCCGCGGCCGCCGCCGAGUGUCAGUUUCAGCGCCGCCGCCUGCGGUCUCUCUCUCUCUCUCCGCCGGGUUUCCCCCCACCCCCCGGCCGCCCCGCGCCCGCAGCCGCCCUGCUCCUGUGCCCGGACCCCCCGACCCGCGCGGCCCGGCCCGCGCCCAUGGCGCACUCGGCGGCCGCGGUACCGCUGGGCGCGCUGGAGCAGGGCUGCCCCAUCCGCGUGGAGCACGACCGCCGGCGCCGCCAGUUCACCGUGCGCCUCAACGGGUGUCAUGACCGGGCCGUCCUGCUCUAUGAGUAUGUGGGCAAACGGAUUGUGGACCUGCAACACACCGAGGUACCGGAUGCCUACCGCGGGCGUGGCAUUGCCAAACACCUCGCCAAGGCUGCCCUGGACUUUGUGGUGGAGGAGGACCUGAAGGCCCAUCUCACGUGCUGGUACAUCCAGAAGUAUGUCAAGGAGAACCCCCUGCCGCAGUACCUGGAGCGGCUGCAGCCGUAGCCCCGGCCGUGGGCAGGAGCGCCCCCUGCCGGCCCCUCCGCGCGGACUUGGCCCCAGCCCCGCGUGCUCUCAGGAACCUGCUCCCGCUGGGGACAGGCUCAGAGUUAUUUUUGUAAGGACGCCCAUCCGGGGCCCUGUGUCCAGGCUCCUGAAGAUGGCUGGCCGAGGAUGGGCGGUGAUCCAGUGACCAGGGCAAAAGAGGGUCCCCACCGCCUUCAGUGGGCAGCGCGACAGGACCCGGGGCCAGCCCGGGGUGGGGGGGGGGGGGUCCUUGCUCUGUGAUUCAGCAGGAGGCUGUCGUGGGACCCCUCCCAUACCUGGUGCUGUGUCCUUUCUACGAAGGAGGAGGGCAUUUCCCAGAGCUGAGAGGAGCAAGAAAGAACCUCGAGUGCCAACCUCGCAGAGCGGUGGCACCAAGCCUCUUCUGCCACCAGCACUCCCCCGUCCCUCCCCCCACGUCUCUUCUGCAGAACUUUGGUGCCCUGGUGCAGGGGGGUGGGGGGCAGAGCAAAGGGCACCCCCUCCCCUGGUGUGAGCGAGAAGGGUGUGGACGGAGCUCUGGCCCAGGGGCGGCUCUGCGCAUGUGCACACCCUCGCACAGGAGCCCGGGGUGGGUGUGGGCAGGCUCAGGGAGAAGCAGUGGGUGCUUACCUUGCUUUCCUCGGUGCCUCGACUUCUGCUGGCCUCUUACCUGUCCAGGCACUCUCAAGAAGGCUCGCCUGGGAGCUGGAGCUGGAGGAAGGCAUACUGACCCCCCAGCGCCCACCCCAACGGCCUCAUCACCAAGAGAAAGGAGCACUUCCGCUGGCAGGUUUCUUUUACUGAUGCCAAACACCAGAGCGUUAGUUCUCUUUGCGGGGCCAGCUGUGGCCAGGUCCAUUCUGUUGGCCUUUGUAAGUCCCAGGCCCCCUACCCACACCAGCCUUCCUGGUGACAGCCUGGGAGGUGCGCCAAGCAUGACUUGGGUCUGUGGGACACCCCCCCCCCUUUUAGGGGACCCUGUGUCUUCCCUUUGAGGGCUGGUUAGGGCUCGGGGUCCUGAUUUCUUGUACCCUGUUCCCCACAAGGGUCAAGUCUCUUCCUGCUCCUCUAUGGAGCCGAGGGUGACCCAGGAAUCCAGUCCCUUUUGAGUGGAGGGGACAGUCAUCAGUGAAUCCUCGGAUGUGACGUGCCCCUUCCUCUGGGGGGUGUCCGGGGCUCCGGUUCGUCCCCACUCCUCCCGUGCCUCUCUGCCUCCAAUGCCGGGGCUCAGGGCGGGGUGGGUGUUGGGGUGCCUUGGUGACUCCUCCCCGUGGUGCUGGGCUGGCCGGUGGCCCUUUCUCCCAUCACUGCCUCACGUCUCCCAGCCUUGGCACCAACAUCCCCAGCUUUCCUCCCCCAGCCACGGCCAGCGCGGGGGCUCAGACAGCUUCCUGCCCGGCGGCAGCGACUUCAAGGCCCACACACACGAGGAAGGCUGGCAGCCUUCCUGGGGGGGCC